GAUAAGAUAGGACGCAUUAAACAAAUAAUUCCAGUGGUCUCAACCGCUCUCUAUUUCUUCUUUCUCUCUCUCUAAAAAGCAAGCCAAUGGAAGCGGGGAGAGCAAAUCGCGCGGUCACGCUGCAUUCGAACUCGAGCAGGUCCGAUGCCCGUCGCCUCCACCACUAGGCGACGCCAUUAAUCAUAGCUUUAUUGUUCUUGGGACCCUGCAUACUCCCUUCUCCUUUCCGAGGCCUCAAGCUUCGCUCUUAGCUUUUCAAUUUCUCGAGUGAGACAAAAACCUCCUGAGAUAAGCCGGCUCACCGGUUUGGUCACAAGGCUGCGCUCACAAACAUUGUAGGUUUUUUAAGAUAAACGUCUGGCUUUCUAGCUGCGCCGGCUUUGACGACUUUGGCGUAUUAAGGAGUUUUUUUCCCCCUUUAAUCGGAUUUGGCAAACGGUUUGAAGUAAUUCCUCGGUUUGAUUUUGACUGGACUACUUCUUUGAGCUGCAAUAGAUUAUUGAUUUGUUUGGGUUUGAGUUUGGAUUGCGGUUUUAGGUUGGAGAGUUAGGUUUGUGGUGGAAUUGAGUUUUGAUUCGGGAUUUGUUGGUUUUGAUGUCGUCGAUUUCGGUGGAAGAAGAUGGUGGGAGAGGAAGCAUGUGGGAUUUGGAUCAGAAGCUUGAUCAGCCCAUGGAUGAAGAAGCUGGCAAGCUUAGGAAUAUGUACAGAGAGAAGAAAUUCUCUUCACUGUUGCUGCUACGACUUGCAUUCCAGAGCCUUGGUGUGGUGUUUGGAGAUUUGGGAACAUCCCCGUUAUAUGUUUUUUACAACACAUUUUCUCAUGGCAUAAGUGAUCCUGAAGAUGUUAUUGGAGCUCUUUCUCUGAUUAUUUACUCAUUAACUCUAGUUCCUCUACUCAAAUAUGUUUUUGUGGUGCUGAGGGCUAAUGACAAUGGUCAAGGUGGUACUUUUGCUUUGUACUCACUACUCUGUAGGCAUGCAAAAAUUAAUACAAUUCCCAAUCAGCAUAGAACUGAUGAAGAGCUGACAACAUAUAGCCGGCAAACAUAUGAUGAGAACUCUCUUGCAACGAAAGUUAAGCUAUGGUUAGAGGCGCAUAAUUUAAAGAAAAAUGUUAUUCUUGUUCUUGUUCUUUUUGCGACUUGUAUGACCAUUGGUGAUGGUAUUCUUACUCCAGCUAUUUCAGUUCUCUCAGCGUCUGGUGGAAUCAAGGUGAACCACCCAGAGAUAAGCAAAGAUGUUGUUAUUCUGGUGGCGGUGAUCAUAUUAGUUGGUUUGUUUAGCCUGCAACAUUAUGGUACAGACAAAGUUGGCUGGUUAUUUGCUCCAGUUGUCUUGCUCUGGUUUUUGCUUAUAGGAGCAAUUGGUGCGGUCAACAUAUGGAAAUAUGACAGUUCCGUUCUAAAAGCCUUUAACCCAGUUUAUAUAGUUAGAUAUUUCAAAGGUGGCCGUAGAAACUGGACUUCCCUAGGAGGGAUAAUGCUUAGCAUCACAGGAACCGAAGCAUUAUUUGCAGACCUGUGUCAUUUUCCGGUGCUUGCCAUUCAGAUUGCUUUCACUCUUGUUGUAUUCCCCUGCCUCCUUUUAGCUUAUUCUGGGCAAGCGGCCUACAUCAUUCAACACCAAGAUCAUGUCCAUGAUGCAUUUUAUCGAUCAAUUCCUGGAAGCAUGUAUUGGCCAAUGUUUAUUGUUGCAACAGCAGCAGCCAUUAUUGCUAGCCAAGCUACUAUUUCUGCCACAUUUUCUAUAAUCAAGCAGGCACUUGCUCUUGGCUGUUUCCCUAGGGUCAAAGUUGUUCAUACAUCAAGGAAAUUUCUUGGACAAAUAUACAUUCCCGACAUUAAUUGGAUUCUUCUGCUUCUGUGCAUAGCCGUUACUGCUGGAUUCAAAAAUCAAACCCAGAUUGGCAAUGCAUAUGGAACCGCGGUGGUACUGGUUAUGCUGGUUACGACCUUGUUGAUGAUCCCCGUAAUGCUAUUGGUAUGGGGUAGCCAUUUGAUCUUCAUCUUCUUCUUCACUGUUCUCUCCCUCAUCGUGGAGCUCACAUACUUCUCUGCAGUCCUCUUCAAGGUUAAUCAGGGAGGAUGGGUGCCGCUAGUCAUUGCUGCUGCCUUUCUCCUCAUCAUGUAUGUCUGGCAUUACGGCACGGUGAAGCGCUAUGAGUUCGAGCUGCAUUCCAAAGUGUCGCUGGCUUGGAUUCUGGGUCUAGGCCCCAGUCUUGGGCUUGUUCGUGUCCCUGGCAUUGGUUUUGUGUACACAGAGCUACCAAGUGGAGUACCACAUAUCUUCUCACACUUGAUCACCAACCUUCCGGCAAUCCAUUCUGUUGUGGUCUUUGUUUGUGUGAAGUACCUCCCUGUCUAUAUUGUUCCAAUAGAGGAGCGUUUUCUUGUUAAACGAAUCGGUCCGAAGGACUUUCAUAUGUUUCGUUGCGUCGCAAGGUACGGCUACAAAGACCUUCACAGGAAGGAUGAUAACUUUGAGAAAAUGCUAUUUGAUACUAUCUCCACUUUCGUUCGCCUCGAGAAAAUGAUGGAAGGUUACACUGAUUCGGAAGCGGGUACCUUCGAUGCACAGAAGAAUGGUAGAACUGUUGAUCUUCUAGCUGCUGAGAAUGAUGACACCUUGUACUCCAAUGUAGAGAUUACAAGCAAUUCAUCACAGGACUCAAUAGUGCCUGCCCAAUCUGGGGAUCUGCGGAGCAAAUACUCAACUUACCAGGGUGGCAUUUCCACAAGUUCUGCUCCUGCAAGUCAAACAGCAAGUGAUGAAUAUGAUUUUUUGAACGAGUGCAAGGAUGCUGGAAUGGUGCACAUAUUGGGGAACACUAUAGUAAGAGCUCGAAGGGAUUCUAGUCCUCUUAAGAAGAUUGCUGUUGAUUACAUUUAUGCAUUUCUAAGGAGAAUUUGCAGGGAGAAUAGCGUGAUGUUGAAUCUUCCCCAUGAGAGUUUGUUGAAUGUUGGCCAGAUAUUCUAUAUAUAACUCGUGUAUAUAAAGUUCAAAAUGUAUUUAGAGUUCUAGCACUCCGGUUUCUUUUUCUUUUUUUUUUUUCAGGAGCACUUUUUUUUGCAGUAUCAUAUGUAAGAAAGUUAAGUGAAUAAUAAAGUGAAGCUGGUUAGCCAAGGCUUCAAAGAUAUGGUUAAAGUUCUUGGCAUUAAUAA